AUGCGUUUCGGGAAUAAUCAGUGCAUUCCCUUGCGUCAAACGGCAUUUAACGAAACUACGCCAGCAGCUGCUUCACAGAAUCGGAACACGUUGCAUAAUUCUGUGAACUCCACAUUAACUCGACUCAGAUCCAGAACAGUCGAGUCUGACAUCAGUGCCCUCAAUGCACGCAAUAUGCACAUGACCGCAACUAACCAAGGAACGAGAUCAACCAUAGAACAAACUACUACUUCGACCCCUUCAUUUACUGCGUCUUCUUUGCGCCGACUAGUAAUAGCCACCACACCCAGCACAACUGGAUUAGAAGGAGGAAUAGUUGGAAACACACUUCAUAGUCCAACCUUGCAGCCACGUGAACCUCCUGUACUUCGUAGCAGCGGUCAACGAGCAGCCUCUUCUGGUUCUAGUUCUGUUCUCACAUCGAAAUCUGUACCUGUUUUGCCGAUGAGUUCACCGCCCGGCACAAGUGUUAGUUCAUCGUCUACCCCAAGAGCUUCACCUCAGGGCCCUUUAAGACGACUAAGUGGUGAUUCACUUAUGACAGAUGACAAUCAGAGCACUGGACCAAGAACAAGGUCGCAAGUGGCGGCAGCUGCUGCAGUAGCUCGUGCCUCUGGAAUGCAAAGGCGUUCCACUAGAUUGAUCAGAAACAAAGUUACCGUUAAGAAACCGGAGUGCAAGCAGUCCGACACACAGAGUCCCCCAACGACUGGCUUGUCGCGGUCAAACACUGAUGCUACAGAACAGUUUUCAGAUAUACAUACUCAUGAAUCAGCUUCCUUUGGGAAUUUCGUACAGGAUAGGGAUAUGGUAACAAUAGACGUUCCAGCAUCAAAUAAGGGUGAUCCGCGGGUUGACUCGCUCAGCAAUUAUCUAGAGCUUCUGGGGGAUCUUGGCAAAGCAUAUCAGUUUUUAGUUCAACACCAGUGGAAAUCCGCCACGAGAAUAUUGGCCAAACUACCGACCUCGCAGCUGGCAACCGGACGGAUACUUUCAUGGGCUGCCUGCGCACACAUGGACAAUGCAGAUUAUUUGACUGCCCAUAAACUGUUUGCGGAAGCCCGUCGUAUUGAGCCGUGGCAGCUUUGUGGUAUGGACUUCUACUCAACGUGUCUAUGGCAACUUCAAGCGGACAACGAACUUUCUGAAUUAGCUCAAGAUUUGCUGGAGCUAGAUCGAAACGCACCCGAGCCUUGGUGUGCAGCAGGAAAUUGCUUUUCACUGCAAGGCGAACACGAAACGGCGAUACACUUCUUCCGUCGCGGGUUACAGGUCUGUCCAACAAGCGCUUAUACUUACACGCUUCUGGGCCAUGAACACUCGGUUUUAGAAGAAUUCGACCGAGCGUUGGUUGCUUUCCGUCAUGCGCUUCGUUUGGACCCUCGACAAUACAAUGCUCUUUUUGGCAUUAGCAAUGUUUAUUAUAAACAAGAAAAAUUUGAACUUGCCGAAGCGCAUCUAGCUCGGGCCGUUGCAUUAUUCUCGCACUCCCCCUUGUUGUUGACAAAUCUGGGUGCAUUACGUGGACGUCUGGGACGUUUAGACGAUGGACCUGGUAGUGCUUUGCACCUGGUUACUUUAGCUUGCAAACUGCAACCGAAAAACCCACUUGCGCGUUAUCACCGUGCUUCUAUCCUCUUUCAUUUGGGCCGAUACAAGGCCGUGCUGAAUGAACUGCAACAACUUUUGGUACUCACUCCUCGUGAGGCCAUGGUAUAUCUGAUGAUCGGCCACACAUACAAGAAGCUGGGUAACACACCGCAGGCCAUGAUCCACUAUUCAUGGGCAAUGGGCUUGGACCCCAAAGGAGCCAACACACAUUUGCGGGAUAUUAUGACCAACCCCCCGAUAGCAGUCAGUCGAAAUACAGCUCGUCGAGGAAACACACCAGAUAGUGCCGGUUCUGAUAUGGCAUCAGCACGUCCCAGUCGAGUGACCCGUUCUCGCGUUUUGGCCAUGCCCGACAACGUAUCUUCUACCACCCUGGGCAAUACGGCCAAUGAUAUACCCUUAGGUGACGAACAAGACCCAUACGAUUUAGCUGCAUUUGUUAGACUUUUGGGCAUGACUCCACCACAACAUAUAGACGAGGCUGGACUACUUAAUAUAACACAGAACAACGGUUCUCCAUCGUCUCAUGUUAGUAGUGCCCGACAUUUGACCGAUUUCUCUCUUCUCUAUAAUACUGAAGAAUACGAUGAAGAUGCCGCACUGUCAGGAGCUGAAGACGACCACUACGAAACAAUGGAGCUUAGUGCUGAUGUGGAGGAUGCAGGUCCAAACACCAGCGGUGUAUAA